AUGACUAUCAACCCUACCUACCUCGCGCAACGGACGCGUUCCUCCGUCAACCUUGCCGAUGCCAAAACCCGUGUCCUCAAGUCCUAUCGAGAGUGGCUUCGCGCGUCCCCCGAGAUUCAAACGAUGUAUUCUUUGGGCAUGCCCGUAUCUGCCAUCCGCACCAAGAUUCGCCAGGAAUUCGAGAAGCACCGCUAUGUCAGCCAGCUGAGUGUCAUUGAUGUGCUGCUGUUCCAGAGCCACGCCGAGUUCCAGGAGACCCUCAAUUACUGGAAGCAACUGUCGCACGUCAUGAAGUACUUCCGUCCUGAGGAGGACCCUGGCGCGCGUCUGCCCCGCAACUUCGUUUCUGGCUUCUUGGAGGGUCGCAACUGA